AUUGGACUCACCUGUGGCGGCGGUGCUCAUUAUAACCUCUUGCCUCCAAGGUUACAGACUGACUAGCGUCCAACACUUCUGACGCAGCCGACAAAAUGCCCACCAAGAACGUCGUGGACGAGCGCAUCGCCAAGUUUAAAAACAAGGGGAAGGAUCUGGCAAAACUCCGAGAGAAACGGAUCAGUGAGUGUGUGCAGCUGCGCAAAGCUCAGAAGAAUGAGAGUUUCCUCAAGAGGAGGAACAUCACACUCUCUUCUCUCCCCGACGAGGAGGCCCUUUCACCUGAAAACAACGACACGGUGAGUUUCAGGAUCGAGGAUAUAAUCAAAAACGUGAACAGCGACGACCGAGAAGCCCAGACCCGAGGAUCUCAGGCAGCCAGGAAGCUGCUCUCCAAGAGCCAUGACCCUCCCAUAAAGAAGAUAAUUGAUGCUGGCCUGCUGUCACGGUUUGUGUCCUUCCUGUCGAUGGAUGAUGAGCCGACUCUGCAGUUUGAAGCAGCGUGGGCUCUUACAAACAUUGCUUCUGGAACAUCUUGGCACACACAGCAGGUAGUGGAACAUGGCGCUGUAACAGCUUUUAUAAACUUGCUGGCCUCACCAAUGUUGCACAUCAGUGAACAGGCUGUCUGGGCUCUGGGAAACAUUGCAGGUGACGGUGCAGCUUAUCGCGAUGUCCUCAUUGAGUGCAAUGUCAUCCCAGCUUUGUUGGCUCGCAUCUCCCCAGACACACCAGUUGGCUACUUGCGGAACCUAACUUGGACGUUGUCCAACUUGUGCCGAAACAAGAACCCAUGUCCCCCAUUGUCUGCAGUUCAGCAGAUGCUUCCUUCUCUGAUCCAGUUGCUCCAUCUUAGUGACAAGGACAUCUUGUCUGAUGCAUGCUGGGCAAUCUCUUACCUUUCAGAUGGCAGUAAUGAUCGUAUUGAUGUAGUUGUAAGGACUGGCACGGUCCCAAGACUGGUGGAGCUGAUGAACAAUAAGGAGCUCUGCGUUAUGACCCCAGCUCUACGCUCCAUUGGGAACAUAGUAAGUGGCUCCGACCUGCACACCCAGAUGGCAAUCGACGCUGGUGUUCUCGAUGUCUUGCCAAAGUUGUUGAGGCACCCAAAACCCACCAUGCAGAAGGAGGCAGCAUGGGCUCUCUCAAACAUUGCUGCAGGACCUUGUAAACAAAUCCAGCAGCUCAUCACUUGCGGCCUGCUUCCUCCUCUUGUAGAAGUGCUCAAAAAUGGAGACUUCAAGACUCAGAAGGAAGCAGUUUGGGCAGUGACAAACUUCACCAGUGGGGGCACUGUAGAGCAGGUGGUCCAUCUGGUGCAAAGUGGUGCCUUGGAAGCCAUAAUCAACCUACUGCUGGUCAAGGAUGCCAAAGUCCUCCUGGUCAUACUGGAAGCGGUAAACAACAUGUUCAUGGCUGCAGAGAAACUUGGAGAAACCGAAAAGCUUAGUCUGUUGAUUGAAGAGCUGGGAGGACUGGAACGGAUUGAGAUGCUGCAGAACCAUUCAAACGAGAUGGUGUACCAGGCUGCACAUAACCUCAUUGAGAAGUACUUCAGUGAUGGUGACCUUGAGGAAGUCCAAGUUGAUGCAACACAGAAUGGAUUUGAGUUUCAGGUUCCUGAUGUCAAGAAAACCUUUGAAUUUUAAAUUAAAACUAUAUUUCUGAUUUUCUAAAAGGUAAAUAAACUUGUAUACAAUGAG